AUGUCCACUCUUCGAUAUGAUUUAAUUUAUGCAACAAAGAAUAGAAUAGUAAUGUUAACAGAUACUAAUAUUCAUAAUGAUAUACAUAUGCGAUUUGUGUUCCAACAACAAAUACUUCUUGCUGAUAAAAUUCUUACAAGUGAAGAAAAAACUUUUGCAAUAAGGUCAUUAACUAAAAAUUAUGAUCGAGAUAAAGUUAUGCUUAAUGAUGGUACAAGAAGAAUUUGUGAAAAUUGUAACCAAGAAUGUUUAGCUACAUUAUAUUGUGAAUAUUGUGUUCGAAAUUAUUUAAAAGAAAAUUUCUCAAAUUGGACGUCUGGAAAUGAUGGUAUUGAUGAUUUAAUACAGAAUUGUCAAUUGGAAACAAUUAGACCAAAUGUGAUAGUUGAAUGGAUCCCAUAUAGUAAUUUAAAAAAUAUUAAAUAUUUAACAAAAGGUGGAUUAUCUGAAAUCUAUACAGCAGACUGGAUUAAUGGAAGUUAUGAUGAAUGGGAUUCUAAGAGACAACAAUUAAUAAGAUUUGGAGAUGAAAAUGUAAUACUUAAAAGGUUAGAAAAUGUUAAAAGUGCAAAUCAAGGUUGGUUUGAAGAGGCUAAAUCACAUUUAACCAUAAGUAAUAAAUGGCCAGAUAUUGUUCAAUGUUAUGGAUUGACACAAGAUAUAUCAAAUGGAAAUUAUAUGCUUGUAAUGAUGAAAAUGGAUAUAGAUUUAAGAAAAUAUUUACAACAAAAUCAUAAUCAACUCACAUGGAAAGAAAGAAUUGGGAUUGCUUAUGAGAUAAUUCUUUCACUUUAUUAUAUUUAUUGUGAAAAUGCAAUUCAUAGAGAUUUGCAUUCUGGAAAUAUAUUAUAUUCACAAUUUAAUGAUUCUUGGCAUAUUAGUGAUCUUGGAUUUUGUGGACCUGCAGAUAAAUCAUCAAAAAGUAUAUAUGGGAAUCUUCCUUACAUAGCACCUGAAAUUAUUGUUGGAAGAGAAUGUACUUUUGCAUCUGAUAUUUAUAGUAUUGCAAUGCUUAUGUGGGAAAUCUCAUCUGGACAACCACCAUUCAUAAAUUAUGAACAUGAUUAUGACCUUGCAAUGAACAUUAUUAAUGGUAUAAGGCCAAAAAUUGUGACAGGAACUCCAUUAGAAUAUAAAAAUUUAAUGAUACAAUGUUGGGAUGCUGAUCCAUUAAAGAGACUUGAUGCUGACGCACUUGCGACCAAAAUGAAAAGACUUAUUUUAGAUUAUCAAAAUAUGUCAGAUAAAUCAUUUCAACCAGAAAUAGAUAAUUUAGAAAUGAAUAAAGUAAAAGGAAAUUAUGCGAGUAGCAGAUUAUUUACAAGUAAAAUUCAUCAAUUUGCUGAAAAUCUACCCGAACCAAAAAAUGCAACAGAAGAAGAACAAGAAGCAUUUCAUAGUAAAUCAUAUGAUUUUAACAUUCCUGAUGAUAUUAAUGAUUUUAACGGGUCAAAUAAGCAGAAUAGUGGCAAAUCAUCGAAAAUAAUUGAUAUUUUUAAAGGUAGCAGUAAAAGAUUAUCUAAAGUAUUUAAAAAGUUGCAAAUGAAUUCAAAUAAUGAUGAAAAAGAAAUAACUCAACAACAACAAACAAAAAAGCAAAAUAUUAAUAUUGAUGAUGAUGAUGAUAUACAUAAUAAUCCAAAUCUUCAUUCAAAUGAACAAGAUGAAUUUGAAAUUCCUGAUGAUGGAUUUUAA